AGCUUACAGCAACUCGCAUACAUACAUACAUAUCAACCAUGGCCGUCAAAGUUGGAAUCAACGGUUUCGGACGUAUCGGGCGUCUGGUCUUCCGCGCGUCUCUGAAAUCGGAGGGCGUCGAGGUCGUCUCCAUCAAUGACCCCUUCAUCGAUGUGGAAUACAUGGUCUACCUCCUUAAGUACGACUCCACCCACGGCCGCUUCAAGGGCACCGCCGAAGUCAAGGACGGCAAGCUCGUCGUGAACGGCAAGCCCGUCUUCGUGCACGCCGCCAAGAACCCCGAAGAGAUCCCUUGGGGCAAAGAUGGCGCCGAGUACGUUGUCGAGUCUACUGGCGUCUUCACCACCAAGGAGAAGGCUGGUUUGCACCUCAAGGGAGGGGCCAAGAAGGUCAUUAUCUCGGCGCCUUCCGCUGAUGCUCCUAUGUUCGUCAUGGGCGUGAACGAAGGCAAAUACGACCCCUCCAUCCAAGUCCUCUCCAACGCCUCCUGCACCACCAACUGCCUCGCGCCCCUCGCCAAAAUCAUCAACGAAAACUUCGGCAUCAAAGAAGGCCUCAUGUCCACCAUCCACUCUGUCACCGCCACCCAAAAAACCGUCGACGGGCCCUCGGGCAAGGACUGGCGUGCAGGCCGUGGAGCCUCCCAGAACAUCAUCCCGGCCUCGACCGGCGCCGCCAAGGCCGUCGGAAAGGUCAUCCCGGAGCUGAACGGCAAGCUCACCGGCAUGUCGUUCCGUGUCUCCACGGCCGAUGUCUCGGUGGUCGACUUGACCGUCAGCUUGGAGAAGCCGGCUACGUACCAGCAGAUCGUGGAUGCGGUGAAGAAGGCGGCGGAUGGCCCGCUCAAGGGGAUCAUGGGAUACACUGAGGACGAGGUUGUGUCCUCGGACUUCAUUGGCGACACCCACUCCAGCAUCUUUGAUAUCAAGGCUGGUAUUGCCUUGAACGACACCUUUGUCAAGCUGGUCUCGUGGUACGACAACGAAUUCGGAUACUCCAUGCGCGUUGUCGACCUCAUCAAGUACAUCGCCGCCAAGGACAAGUCCGCCUAAACGCGCACCCCGCAUUCUCAAACACCAUCUUGGGCGGAGAACAGAAGAGGGUUCUGCACAUCACGUUUUUCUGGAGCUUGAAAUAUAUCCCUGCAUGUUAAAACCUUUCUGAAAAUAUAUCUUUGGAACACAUCCGUCAACGCUGAAGGCAUAUCCCUCCAUUCUUCGUUUAUGUACAUGCGAGGGAGGAGGUGCUUGUGUUACACCCGUACGCUGUGCCCGUCGGGGACCCAGCGCCUCACCCAAUCU